GCUCGCCCUUCGCUCCCUUUCUUUCUCUCUCCCCCACUCGAAGCGAAGCGAAGCGAAGCACCCCAAUAGUCCCCUUCAGCCAGGUCCCCAUCGCAACUCGUGCAGGAGGGCGCCGCCGCCCCCAGACGGGCACGCACAACUCUCUCCUCUGGCCGGCCUCUUCUCCCCUCUCUCUUCUUUAAGGGAAGAAGCGGAUUGACGUAGUGGCUUGUUUGCGAGUCCUCCGCUCCCAUGUCGGUGAUUUCAUCCUCUGUGCGCUCCGGGAUCGGUUCAUGCUAUUUAUUUUUCGAUUGUUGUUGUUGCUGUUGGUAAAAGCUGCUCGCCCCCCUUUCUUGUGGCUGCACUUCUUGGCUCACCGAUGUCGCUUUCUCCCCCCUCCCACCCAAGUUUUCUAUCUAUCGCUGCUGUGUUUUUUUUAAAGCUCCUCAUUGUUUCUUUUGUGCGUGUUUCUCUUUUUCAGUGUUUCUCUACUUAUUUAGGGUUUUGCAGAAGUCUCCCCCUCCACGAGACUUUUCUGCAUACCCUUCUCUCAGCACCAUUUUUUCUGCUGCUGCAUUCUUUUAUUUUGCUUCCCUCCUUCCCCAGUUCUUUAGAACUCUUAACUAAUCUCUCCCCAUGAGAGGCUCUGCUCUCUUCUUUUCUCUUCCUUGCCCCGCGAUUUUCUUCUGCUUUCUUUCUCUCGAAAAUUAUUUAGCAUUUUAACUAAUUGGCUUCCAUGAGAGUCUGUUGCUACUCUAUUCUUCCCCUUCCAACUUUCAUCGUUUUGUUCCUCUCCCCAGGUUUCACAAGGAAUCUAAAUUUAUUUUUCUUCUCCCCCCUCCCCGCUGCCGCUGCCGCCGCCACCGCAAAAUGGGAUUCUCUGCGCAUUUCACUCAUUUCAAUCUCCUCUCCAUCUUGUGUUCUUCAGCUGCUUAUUUCUCUUCUUCAUCCCAUUCCACAGUGGCGAUGCUGCUGUAUUUUUCCUCCCUUAUUUCUUUGGGACUUUUAACUCUCUCUCCUGUGUUGCCCCCAUAAUAGGUUUCUUUGCAUGUUUCACUUAAUCUAGUAACGUUUGAUCUGAAUAAUUUCUCCUGUCUCAAAAUAAUUCUGCCUUUCAUUAUUAAAAGAUAAUGUGUGUCUCCUUUCUGCACUCUGUUUCUUUUGCUUGCUUUUAUGUUUUCGUAGCCUGUUUUUAAAAUUGGCAUUUCCCCCCUCUUUCCAGCAAUAUUUUCCCUUUAGUCUUAAGGGUGCCAUAGGUCCUUGUGUGUGGAUGCUUUGUGGUGGAAAACACAGCUACUCUGGAAUUUCUUACUUUGUGGUUGUUGCUACUUCUGCUGCUCUCCCCCCAGCAUGUUACCCUUUAUGGUUGUCUCCUUUUUUUCCACAUUCUUGGCAGUCUGCUUUACUAAUUUUUCAUUCAGCAUCUGCAUUCUUGCCAAUGAUUUAUCUUUUUUCCCUCCCUUUUUGUGUGUAUGGGAUUCUACUCCCCCCCACCCUUUGGUCCUGUCUGUUGUUCAUCUAUUGAAGUGCAGAACUUAUUUUUGGUCUCCCUUACAACCAUUUCCACAUUUUUGAACUUUGUCAUCACAUUUUUCCUGUUACACUCUAUGCCUUUUGUCCUCGUGCAUUUCUUCUUUAUACCUGUGGUUUCUAACAUGUGUUUUUUGAUUUUCACAAUGUUGUCAUCUUUUCUCCAGCUUUUCUCAGCUCUCAUUAUUUGUUCCUGUCUCUAUUUAUCACUUUCCCCAGUUUAUCCUUUUCUUCACCCUCCUUGUGCUGUGUGUUUCAUUGCAUCUCUUACCUCUUUCAAAAAUUUGUCACUUUCCCUACUUUCUCCUCCUUAUUUUGCAGUUUUACUAUUCUUGUCUUUGCUUUGCCAGUCAGCCACAUAAAGGCCUUGUAGGUUCCCAGAGAAAAAUAAGAAAGGGGAGCAUACAUCACAGUUCUUUAAAAAUAUUUAUUUACUUUUAGUUGUUGCUGUUAUUUUUGUUUCUGCUUAGAAGUUAAAUCUGCUUGAGCAAGCCUUAAAGACAAAUAUAUUAAUUUUCAUGGCCAACUCUUUUAUUGAGUUAUGAGUCAGGAAUCCCUUUACCUGUAUGGGAUCAAACAGUGGGCUGCUUUGAUCGGGGAGCAUGUUAAUGGAGUUACUAGCUGGAAUUUGUUGACUUAACAAGAAAGUGUUGGGGCAAACCAUAUGUGGUAGUUUGAGGAGAUUGAGUAUGUUCAGCUUUCUAACCAAUUUACUAGCAUGCAGCUUGAUUUAAUAAAUUUACCAAGAUAAAUUUCUAAGGAUUUUUCUUAUAUAGUAAGGAUUUGAAUGAAUGUUAAACAUGUAGUAAUUCCUGCUACUCUCAAAAAAAAAAAAAAAAGGAAAACUUUAAGAGCUGUUAAAGAUGCUAGAGUAUAAUGUAGUAAAAAUGAAGCCACAUCGCUUGCAACUUGAGUCACUUGGAAGCAUUAAUCUUCUAUAAGGAAUGCAGCAUGCCAGACUACUUCCUCUUCAAAUCUACGAGCCAAGCAUUCAUCAACAGCCAACAAAAUGGAAAGAGUCCCUUGAAGGCACAUGAAGCAUCACAUCACCAACAGCAAGCAGCGCAGAACAGUUUGCUUCCACUCCUAAGCUCUGCUGUCGAGCCCCCUGACCAGAAGCCAAUCCUACCUUUGCCGAUAACGCAGAAACCUCAGCCCCCACCAGAAACGCUAAAAGAUGCCAUUGUUGGGAUUAAAAAGGAGAAACCGAAAACCUCCUUUGUGUGUACGUACUGCAGCAAGGCCUUCAGGGACAGCUAUCAUUUGAGGCGCCACGAAUCCUGCCACACAGGGAUAAAGUUAGUGUCACGGCCAAAGAAAGCUCCUGCCACGAUGGUACCCCUAAUCUCAACCAUUGCAGGCGACAACAGCCGGACAUCUCUGGUUUCGACCAUCGCGGGCAUCCUGUCAACCGUCACUACGUCUUCCUCUGCCACUAACCCAAGCAGCAGCGCUGGGGCCACAGCCAUGCCAGUGACACAGACGGUGAAGAAACCCAGCAAACCCGUCAAAAAGAACCACGCCUGUGAAAUGUGUGGCAAGGCCUUCCGUGAUGUCUACCACCUCAACAGGCACAAGCUGUCCCACUCCGAUGAGAAGCCUUUUGAGUGCCCGAUCUGCAAUCAGCGUUUCAAAAGGAAGGACCGUAUGACCUAUCACGUGAGGUCUCAUGAGGGUGGCAUCACCAAACCCUACACCUGUGGUGUUUGUGGAAAAGGCUUUUCGAGGUACCAUGUAGAAAAUCCCAGGCCCGAUCACUUAAGCUGUCAUGUUAAACAUGUUCACUCCACAGAGAGGCCCUUCAAAUGCCAAACCUGCACAGCUGCCUUUGCCACCAAAGACAGGCUGCGGACACACAUGGUGCGCCAUGAAGGAAAGGUGUCCUGUAAUAUCUGUGGUAAACUUCUGAGUGCGGCAUAUAUUACCAGCCACUUAAAGACUCAUGGGCAGAGCCAAAGUAUCAACUGUAAUACCUGUAAGCAAGGCAUCAAUAAAAAAUUUGGCUUUUUCAAGCAAGAAAAUCUACAUCUCCCUGCUUCUUGCAUGAACGAAGAGAGCAACAACCAGAAGCAGCAGCAGCAACAGCAGCAGCAGCAACAGCAGCAGCAGCAGCAUGUCACAAAUUGGCCUGGAAAACAGGUAGAGACCCUGAGAUUGUGGGAAGAAGCUGUCAAGGCAAGGAAGAAAGAAAGUCAACAGACUCUGAGGCCAACUUCAGUCAAGCAAGAAUGUCAGUACAACUUUGAGAAGGCUAUAGAGUACGUACCAUUCGAAGCUGCUAGCCUGUGCCAAACGUCUACCGCUGCCUCCACGCCUGUGACUCUUUCUACUCCCUUCAAUAUAACCUCCUCAGUGACGUCCGGGACGAUCACCAAUCCAGUCACGGUGGCUGCCGCCAUGAACAUGAGAAGUCCAGUCAAUGUAUCAAGCGCUGUGAACAUCUCCAGCCCCAUGAGCCUAGGUCACCCCGUCACUAUAACUAGUCCGUUGUCCAUGACCUCUCCGUUAACGCUCACGACACCGGUCAAUCUGCCAACCUCAGUAACUGCUCCGGUGAAUAUAGCACACCCAGUCACCAUAACCUCACCCAUGAACCUCCCGACACCAAUGACGUUAGCUGGUCCGUUGAAUAUAGCGAUGAGGCCUGUGGAAAGCAUGCCUUUCCUUCCCCAGGCAUUGCCCACUUCUCCCCCCUGGUAAAAAAAAAUAAAAUAAAAAAGCAAAGCAAAACCAACCUUCCUAGCAGUAUUAAAAAAAAAAAAGGAAUGAAAAGCAAGAGCUUACCAGCAGUUACCUUUUUGCUUUGUUUUUGUUCUGUUAACGACGGUAAUGAAACCAGACUUAUUUGAGCUGGGGCAAAACUCACGUCCCAGUUUAAAACAAACCAACCUAUAGCAUCCCCGUUUAGUUGGCUGGCUGCCAGUCUUAUCACCGGUCACUUCGUUUCCUUUAAGCUGGCAGUGAUACUGAAAGGAGAGCAGAUGGGAGUCGAACCCACUCUACAUAUAUAUAAAUAUAUAUAUAUAUUAAAAUAAGCAUUAUCAGUAACCCUGAAGAUUGCAAACGAAGGAACGGUUUUAUUCUAAACACUAGAGGCCUCAAAAGGAGGCGUUCCAUUAUCACCGGGUGGAGAUGGAUCACUUAAACUUGCCAGCUCUUUAUCCUUCUGAUUCAGAAAGUAGAGUUGUAGUGUUUGUUUUAAGUAAAUGCCUUUCAUGGUCCUAUUUUUAAAGAAAUGCAUUUUGAAUAAUUAUGCAUUUUACCUUUUGGGAAUAUGAUGAUUUCAGGCCAAGUUCCCUAUGGGAAAAGUGACACCAGCUCUGAUAUGCAAAGCAUAUGGUAACUUUAUCAUUCUAACUUCUAAAUAACAAUAGGGAUUGUGACCUGAUAUUUGGAAAUGUAAAUACUACGUGACAUAUUACCCUAAGGGAAUAUAACACCAUAGUCAACAUAUUAAAGAGAAGAACUGUUUAAAGGAUUGGCAAGGAACAGCUGUGGCUGGUGGAAGAGGAUUCGAAACGUGACCAUGUCUCUGGUCAAUACCUGGUUGGGACUCUUUAUGAAGAGCAAGUAGCGGGCUUUGGAAUACGGAGAAAUGGUUUUAAGCUGGACGACUGGAGGUGCCGGGGUCGGAUGCGCGUCUGCCCCCAUUCUCUCAAUCAGGACCUGCUGAUGUUGCGACAUAAGAGCAGGCGGUAUUCACUAGAAGGUUUUUUCUUUUGUCUUAUAUUAUAAAAAUGGUAUAAAGUUUUUAUUCUAACCACUAACUAGUUAGGAUGCCCCCUUCAGGACAAAGCCGAGAGUGCAUCUUACGUUUUGUGUUUCCUUUUUUAAAAACUCUUUCUUCCCUCUUCCUUAAUCAAGUGUUGUGGAGAUCUCUUCAACUUUGUAAAUAUUUGGAGGAACCCUUUUCCCAGCCAUUAUUUGUACUUUUAGUUAAUUGUGUUAACUAAGUUACCAAUUUGUGGGGGUUUCCCAGCAACUGUCUGACCCAUCCAGUGAUGGAGAAGUCCCUGCCCUUCCCCCUCAAAUGAUCACAUUUAAAAGACACACACCACAACUGCAUUCCUUAUUUCUUUUGUCUGUACAUAAAGUAGGAUGGAAAAUCUAGGGAAACAAUUACUUUUUUUUUUUUUUAGGAUAUCAUGUCACAGUCGCUUUUUAAUCGUUGUUUUUAAAGACAUACCCUAUAACCAAGAUGGUAUAUGAAAUAAUUGGAAGAGAAAAGUGGGGUAGCUUUUAAUCAGAAUGAGGGUGACAACACUGUAGCAGUCAAUAUUUUGAUUUUUAAUGGGAUGCCGGCAAGCCUGAGGGUCAGAGUCCACUGUUUUGUGUUUAUACCCAUCGUGUCUAUGUAAAAGCAGCCUAUUUCGUACUUUUGAGGCAAGCGUCUGGGGUCAGAAGACGGUUUGUCCAGAUUAUGUGAAAACGGUUCUAGGGGCUUGGACUACAUAGUUAAAAAUGGGAAAAAUAAUAGAACUUAGUGUAAAAUAAUUUUAUAAAUGAUCUUUUGUACUUUAGGACAUCAAAUUGUACAACUUUUGUAUAUAUAAAGCUUAGGAACUUCCUGUGUAGCAAAAAGAACACAUUCCUACACUUUUAAUGUAUAUGUUUGUUAUAAUGUCAUGUAAACAUAUGCCCCAUGUUUGUGCCUUUUAAUUAGUUUGUCUCAAUAAACAGAAAUGUAGAGA